AUGAGUGCCAUCCCAACCACAGACGCCGAAUGGGCAGAGAAAAUCGCCAAAAUGAAAGAAAAUCUACCUGAAAGACCACUCUCCCAACCUCCAAUCCCACUAGGCGUCCACCGAACAAUCGACCACACCCUCCUAACAACACCAGUGGAACCAUCCCAAAUCGACAAACUGUGCGCCGAAGCCCGCGAACACGACUUCGCAGCCGUCUGCGUCCGCCUCGAACAUGUCCCCCAAGCUAAAGAACAGCUCAAGGACUCAAACAUCGCCGUAGCAUGUGUGAUUGCCUUUCCGGAGGGAACGCAUGAAACAGUCGAGAAGGUCAGGGAGGCCGAAGAGGCUGUUUCGAAGGGCGCAGGGGAACUGGAUAUGGUUAUUCAUUAUCGGCUUUUGAAAGAGGGGAGGUAUAUGGAGGUUUAUAGGGAUGUUGUUGCUGUUCGCAAGGCUGCUCCGCCGCCUGUGGUGCUGAAGACGAUCAUUGAGGCAUCUGUGCUGGAUAAGGAUGAGUUGUUGGAUGCCACGAUUGUGUCAUGUAUGGCUGGGGCGGAUUUCAUCAAAACGAGUACUGGGUGGAAUGGGGGUGCUUCUACGCAGCAUGUUACGUUGAUGAGAAUUGCGGCUGAUCUAUGUGGACGCAGUACGAAGAUCAAGGCGAGUGGGGGAUUGCGCACGGCGGAGGAUGUAGUUAAGAUGCUUAAGGCUGGGGCGCAUCGGAUUGGGACUAGUAAUGGAGUGAAGAUUAUGCGUGAGAUGGAUGAAGGGGAGAUCCUAGAGCAGGGUGCUAGUCAUGCUGUUUCCUGA